CUGACAUACACACCAGCGCCUGACUCAUCAUCAUCCUGCAGCAGCAGCUGAUCCUGCUCCGGACCUCCACCGCCUCUCUUCACCGGGUCUCAGCCACCGUCAGCCGGGCCAUGGCGUCCAGGAGCUUCUUCGUGGGAGGAAACUGGAAGAUGAACGGGAACAAGGAGAGUCUGGGAGAGCUGAUCACCACCCUGAACACCGCCAGCCUCCACGACCAGACCGAGGUGGUGUGUGCUGCUCCCUCCAUCUACCUGGACUUUGCUCGGUCCAGUCUGGAUCCCAAGAUCGGGGUCGCCGCCCAGAACUGCUACAAAGUGGCCAAGGGAGCGUUCACAGGGGAGAUCAGCCCGGCUAUGAUAAAGGACUGUGGGGCAGACUGGGUGGUCCUGGGACACUCGGAGCGCCGUCAUGUGUUCGGGGAAAGUGACGAGCUGAUUGGCCAGAAGGUGGCUCACGCUCUGGAGAGCGGUCUGGGUGUGAUCGCCUGCAUCGGGGAGAAGCUGGAGGAGCGGGAGGGCGGCACCACAGAAGAAGUCGUCUACGCUCAGACGCAGGUCAUUGCAGAGAACGUGAAGGACUGGGGGAAGGUGGUGCUGGCAUAUGAACCCGUGUGGGCCAUCGGCACAGGAAAGACAGCCACACCCGAACAGGCUCAGGAGGUCCAUGAGAAGCUGAGGGCGUGGCUGAGAGCCAACGUCUCAGACGACGUGGCCGACUCCGUGCGCAUCAUCUACGGAGGUUCAGUGACAGGAGGGAACUGCAGGGAAUUGGCGUCUCAGGGCGACGUGGACGGAUUCCUGGUGGGCGGAGCUUCUCUGAAACCGGAGUUUGUCGACAUCAUCAACGCACGUGCCUAACGGAAACACGAACAACGGCUCCAGCAGGACCAAUCAAAACCACUUUGCCCUUUAGAUCAUCAUGUGUCACUGUGUGUCUGCAGCCGGGGCCGACUGA